AGGAUUGGAUGAGCGGGCGGGCCCGGGCAUUCUGGGUGUUUAUACACCGGCCCGCCGCUGCCUGUACGUCGUGAUGCGGGGCUAAGCUUCUCCCGGAAGCUGCCGGGCGGGAGCGGGAGGCGCGGCCCACGUGACCCGGAAGUUGACGGCUCGCUCCGCAAGGUGGUGACCAAAGACCAUGGCUACAGGAGUAGACCAACUAGUCGGGAUGGGACUAGUGGGCUUCAGUUUGCUACUUUUCUCGUACUACACUAUAUGGGUCAUUGUGUUGCCAUUUGUGGAUGGUAGACAUAUUCUUCACAGCUAUUUCUUGCCACGUGAAUAUGCCGUGAUCUUGCCCGCUGUUGCUGGUCUGCUCCUGGUUUUAUUAGUGGGAACAUUUAUUGCCAUAGUUAUGUGGAAAAACAGAAAGCCUACAAAGAAAACAGAUUAAACAGGACUCAAAUAAGAACUGCAAGAUUACUUCAUUGUCAGCAUGUCCAGGUCAGAAAACAGAUUAAACAGAGGAUUAAAAUACAGAAGGCAAAAUAACAGAAUAAACCUGCUUCAUUGGUGGUUGUGAGAUACUGUCACAUGCUGUUUUUUGGGCAUCUGCACUACUAUCUUAAUAUCUGAUUCAUGUCUGCAAUGGUAUUCCUCUGGUGCCAGUUCUGGACAUUGUGUUCCCUGGUAUUAGCUGUUCAAUGCCACUGUGAAACGUAAACAUUUUGUUUUGUCAAAGAGAAAAUCAUAUAAACUAAACAAAAAUGUUUUUUCCAAAAUUUAAGUGCUGUUUGGACUUGUCAAUAUAUAAUUCAAAGGACAAUUUGAUAUACCAUUUGACUAAAAAAUGCUUUACAUUGGUGAGGAUAACAAGUGGACUGUUCCUACAGGUUGAAGAUCUUUAAUUCAUGAGUUAAGCAUGCAUCUGUUCUGAAGAUCAUAUGUCCAUGUUUCUAAUCUUAAAUAUGGCUGCAAAAUUGAAGUUUUGACGUUUACUACAGACAAAUAUACAAUGAAAGAAACAGGGCAACUUUUCACGCCUUUAGAAAAAUACUUUUGAGAAUAAUCUUGUAGCUACAGUAUAUUUCAGGUAAUAGAUCACAAAGGGAUGGAUGUGAUGUAUAUCCAAUAGCAAGCUACAAAUUGCAUAAUCCAUAAGCCUUCUGUUUGAAGUGUGGGGAAGAGAGAGAAAGACAUACCCAUUCCUGGAUAUAUCAGAAAUAUGCUUGAUGCAUCAAUUUCUUGUAUAAAUGACCAAUUUAUCAAUAAUUAUGGAAAUCCAAGGACCAUUUUUAAACCUGGCAUUUCAGUUUUCUGGAGUGCUCUCUGCACAGUGGUGAGCUUUUCAAACAUUAAUUUCUCAUGAUAUGGGUUGGCAUCUAUUAUUAAUCCCGAGGUUACCUUUGAAAAGGUGAUAGACCUCUGCCAUAAACACAUAUUCUACUGUGGUGCAGUCAGUAGGACAAUUCCAGGACCUUAGUGGUGUGAAAUCGAAUGAUGGGAAGAAAAUAUCUAAGAUGCAAUAGUGUAUUACCUGUAUCAUCUGCUGUUGAUCGUGUCCCAUGUAGUCCAAAGCUCUUAGAGUUUUAGGAGAUGGAGGCAUCGGGUUUCAACGCGCUGCUGAAGAAGUCUUGUUACAAUGGAACCUGAGAACAAUACAUACCUCUUUCAGAGCGGACCGGGAGUGAAUGGACUACUGGUCAAACACGCUGCUUCAUCCUGAAUGGUGUUUCUCUCCAUGCUGUGUAUGAAGUAAAAUCAGAGCCUGACUGCUUUAUUAUGUGGAAUUGCAACAGCAGAGUGGUAAUUGUUUUGCAAAGUAAUCGUGGGAGUAUUACCAGUAACUUGGUUUAAUCUUACAGUGUUUUAGAAAUAACUUGAAUUGCGGGAGAGUUAUGCUGAAAAUGUUUUUUGUUGAUCACAAACACGUUUUGCAUCAUAAAUUGACAUCAUGGAAACAUAUACAGGAAUCAUAUUACUAAAUUUAAAUCUGCCUGCAUUUAGUCUUUUUUUACAGCUGAUUGAAGAAGCCUUAUAUCCAGUUGCAGUAUUUUAAAUAUUUUAUGCACUUAAAGAAGAAAAAUAAAAUCAUUUCAAAAUUAAGGACAAGGAUGUUCAUUUUGUUGUAAAAUUAGAGUUUUUUUGAUGUUGUAUCAAUUAGAAAAAUUUAAUGAAACAUCUGAAUUUUAAAUGGAAGAUAUUCUCUGUGGAAUCUGUUUUCAUUGAAGCUCAGCAACACAACUUACUUUGUCCAGAUCAACAGGAACUUACAUGAGCCCAUCUCUGUGGGAUAUGCUGAACCACUCUUAGUUUGGCUCACUCUCUUCACUCUUCCUGUUACAUAAAUUCCAUCAGCUUUCUUGAUUACAUUUGUUAUCAUCCAUGAGAUUUUAGUGAUCCAUCUGUGACCAUGACUUUUCCCCCAUCUCUAUGGUUUUUAGUUUUUGACCAUUUAGAAUGUACGUCAUCUCAUUUAGGUCCCGUCUUACUGUAUUGAACGUAGUGGUUUAUUUAUCUAGCAGCCGCAUUUUUCACCCUUUGCCCUGCAACUGCAACACACCAGCUUUAUUAAUGCCGAGAUUAAAUCCCGUCAUCCAAGCCCCAAUUUUGUUGCGAUAAGUUAACACGCCGGACUGCUUAUUGAACGUUGGUUUCUUUGUUUUUAAACACUUCUGAACUGUUUUUAUGCAGUGUGUUUCCAUUUACCUUGUAGUUAUUCAUAUGUCACUUAUGGUGUUAACCCUGGCAUUUAGUAAAUCAACAGAGAACUUUGUGAUACAUUCACAUCUCAGCGGGGCCAACAGCUCGGCUAUUCCUUGCGUGAGCAUUUAAAAUAUUUGUUUAUUCUUAAUAUAUUUUCUCCCUGGAGAUUCGUUGCUGUGUAUGGUUGCAAACUGCUACAAGUUUACUGUAAAUGUGGAAAGUGUUAAUACCUGUUGUGGUUGAAGCUGUUUUAUUUACUUCAGUUAUAGCGUGCUGCAGCUGGUUUGAUUAAGAUCAGUAUGUUAUGGAAAUUUUUUAUUAGAAGUAUUGGACUCAAUUAUAGCCUUGGUUCUAUUGUUUCAUUGGAGAGUGGGUUUGCUGUAAAGUUUUCUGAUUGCUGAGAUACGUGACAUGCACUCGCAUGAGACAAUGGAAAUGUCUUAUUAGUUUGGGUAACAUGUAUAUUGAAAUUGUUCAAACUUGGGCUAAACCAUACUAAGGACAAUGUGCAUGUCUUGUCUUUAUAAUGUGAGCAGCAAUUGUUACCAGAAUCAAGGACAUAUAACUAAUUGAAAAGAUUGGAAAAUUGUGGUUGAGUUGUGGGAUAAUGGGUUUGAGACCUUUGAUCAUGAGUUUGAUAUGGUAGUUAUAAAGGGGAGAUCAAAACUGGUGACUAUAAGAUUAGGAUAAUGCAGGGUUACUUAAUUAUGCAUAGAAUAAUGGGAAAUCAGAACUCGCUGGAACAGCACUCAACAAAAUAUUGGGGUGAUUAGCAAAAAUGGCAGUAAUGGUUAAUUAGAUAAGUACGAAAGGGAAAAAGCAAUAGAGGAACAUGUUAAUAAUGAGUUUAAGCGUUAAGAAGAUAUUAUACAUCAGCAUAGAACAUUUGGACUGAAUUGUUUGUUUCAGAGCUGUGUAUUUUAUAAUUUCACCCUGUCAGAUUACCUGAAGUCACAGUAAUGGCAUGGCUCUAAUUCUGCAUUUGGAUGUGCUGAACUGGGCUUGCACUGUGAAGUGCCAGAAAAUAAAGUCUUUUUAGUUUUGA